GCCCACGUGUGGUUACAGUUAGACGUACGUCACAGGUCUGUCUGCUUUGUUCUCCUUGCUUGCUUUUUGAGGAGAUAUUUGUGAAUUUAAUACGCUGUAGUUUGUCGAACAAGUUGGAAAGAUGGGUGUUAAAAUUCUAGAGUGGCUGAAACCGUUUAUAUCGAUCAUUCCCGAAGUUGCCAAGCCCGAACGAAAGAUUCAGUUUAGAGAGAAGGUGCUAUGGACAGCUAUUACUCUUUUCAUCUUUCUUGUUUGUUGUCAGAUUCCAUUGUUUGGGAUAAUGUCAUCUGACUCUGCUGAUCCUUUUUAUUGGAUGCGUGUCAUCAUGGCUUCGAAUCGAGGAACUUUGAUGGAGCUUGGAAUAUCACCAAUUGUGACAUCAAGUCUUAUUAUGCAGUUGCUGCAGGGAGCUAAGUUGAUUGAAGUGGGUGACACUCCAAAAGAGAAGGCUCUUUUCAAUGGAGCACAAAAACUGUUUGGUAUGGUUAUUACCUUGGGACAGUCUGUUGUUUAUGUCAUGACGGGAAUGUAUGGAGAUCCUAGCAGUUUGGGUUAUGGAAUCUGUUUGCUCAUUGUCAUUCAGCUGUUUUGUGCUGGACUGAUUGUCCUACUUCUUGAUGAGUUACUACAGAAGGGCUAUGGGCUUGGAUCAGGGAUAUCUCUAUUCAUUGCCACCAACAUUUGUGAGACAAUAGUAUGGAAGGCUUUCAGCCCUGCUACUAUUAACACAGGACGUGGGACUGAGUUUGAAGGAGCUGUUAUUGCUCUCUUCCAUUUGCUGGCUACCCGUGGUGACAAAGUUCGUGCCUUACGAGAAGCGUUUUAUCGCCAAAAUCUGCCCAAUCUGAUGAGUCUUUUUGCAACAGUACUUGUCUUCUCAGUUGUCAUCUACUUUCAGGGAUUUAGGGUUGACCUUCCCAUCAAGUCUUCUCGUUAUCGUGGUCAAACCAGCACUUACCCCAUCAAGCUUUUCUACACAUCAAACAUUCCUAUUAUUCUUCAAAGUGCUCUAGUGUCUAACUUGUAUGUUAUCUCUCAAAUGUUGUCAGCUAAGUUUAGUGGAUUUUUUCUUGUCAGCCUGUUAGGAGUUUGGCAGGAGGUUGGAGGGGGUGGACCUGCCAGAUCUUAUCCUGUAGGAGGAUUGUGCUACUACAUGUCUCCUCCUGAGACUGUGUCUCGUGUGAUAGAAGAUCCUAUUCAUGCUGUUAUCUACAUCAUGUUUAUGCUUGGAUCCUGUGCUUUCUUCUCGAAGACGUGGAUUGAUGUGUCUGGAUCUUCAGCAAAAGACGUGGCUAAACAAUUGAAGGAACAGCAGAUGGUAAUGAGGGGCCACAGAGAAACAAGCAUGAUCAAGGAGCUGAAUAGGUACAUUCCAACUGCUGCUGCCUUUGGUGGGCUCUGCAUUGGUGCACUCUCCGUCCUUGCUGACUUUUUGGGUGCUAUUGGCUCUGGUACUGGAAUUCUUUUGGCAGUUACCAUUAUUUACCAGUAUUUCGAAAUUUUUGUGAAAGAACAGAGUGAAAUGGGAGGAUUUGGAGCCAUGUUCUUCUAGUCAUUGUAGUAGGUUUCUGGCUGUGGUGUAGCAAGUGUGUUAAUAAUGUGAUUCUGGUCUUAUCAGUA